UGUAUAUUUUGUAAAUCAUAAGUGUAUUUGUACAUGUAUAUAAAUAAUAUAUAUAGAGUGUGAAAAAUGGAGUGAGUGGUUGAUGGUGGAAUCAGAAGAUUAAACGUAUCUCUAAUGGAAUAGAAGUAACGUAAAUCUUACUCGACGUAAUAUAUUUAGUUGUACGUGCAUGCAUACGCGAUGGUUGUAGGUACGAUUUUUUUAGUACAAGACUGCCCACUGUUCAGAUAAAGACGACACAUCAUAAACUUGUUAAUCAUAGCUAUAUAGAUGAGAGAGAAAACCCACUCCCACCAACCCUGCAGCAGCAGCCAGCAGCACCUAGCUCUUUCGUACACCAACGACAGUUAUACUCAUCCACGUUCUAAUCAAUUGAGCUAAGAAGUAAAGAUGUUUGGUUCAGUGCAAAUAAAGCAAGAGUAUAACAAUAUUGAAGAUAAAAACAACCAAAAUGUACGUAAUGAGCCAACAAGUAUUAACUACUCCGUCUUUAACAAUCAGAAUAUUGAAUAUGCGUAUUGGAACCAAGCUCUACAGGCUCAGAGUAAUCAUCAUCAUCAUGUUAAAGAAUUCUAUCAUAGAAAUGAUGGAACCUUUCAGCAAGAUGUAUCCAGGGUGAAUCAAACUUUACCCUUUCUUCGUUCCAACUACAUAAAUCAAUACCUAGAGCAGCAGCAGCAGCAACAACAACAUCAACAACUGCAACUACAGCAGCUGCAACAAUUACAUCAACAGCAGCAACAACAGCAGCAGCAGCAACAACAGCAGCAGCAGCAGCAGCAGGAACAGCCUCAGCAGCAGCAGCCACAACAACAACAACAACAACAACAACAACAACAAAUGCCACAUUCUUUUGUUGCGGCUUCAAAUGAUGAACAGACUGGGAGUGAAUUGUCUCCAACUAAUCAAACCAGUGAUUUGAGUAUAAAAAACAAACUUGUAGGAGUCAAAGAUCCAUCUGUUCAUAAUAACAAUGCUAUGAUUAAUCCUAUGUCACUGACAACAGCCGUCGCUAAAAGUAGCGAUGUUUAUAAGCCUGCAAAAUCGUCAAACGAUGGUAGUUCAGGAAAAAAAGUAAAAUGUCAGUGUGAAAUAUGUUUUAAAGAAUUUAAUCACAAAAGUAAUCUUUUUAUUCACAUGAGGACUCACAAUGGUGAAAGACCAUACAAAUGUAAGGAGUGUGAAAAGUGUUUCACUCAUAGCGGAAAUUUAGCUAUUCAUAUGAGAAUUCAUUCUGGAGAACGACCAUACGUUUGUCAAAUAUGUGGAAAAAUGUUUAGUCACAGCGGAAAUUUGUCAACUCACUUAAGAACACAUUCUGGUGUUAAACCAUAUAAAUGUAAUGUUUGUGCUAAAGAAUUUCGUCACAGUGGAAAUCUCUCGAUUCAUUCAAGAAUUCAUUCUGGUAUUAGACCUUAUCAGUGUAAAGUAUGUGGCAAAGAAUUUUAUCAUAGUGGAAAUUUAACUACACACAUGAAAAAACAUCCAGUCAUGGUUUCUCAUAAUGAAAAUCAAAGAAAAAACAAUGUUCCUCCUGGAUUGGUAACAACCUUCAGUGGAAAUAGUAUUGAUCAAAUGAAGCAGACCAACACUGUUUCCACUUUCAAUCCGGAAGAUAAUAAUCUUUCUUUAGGGUUAUCAGUUCCAAGUCAUGUACCCAAUUCAGAAGAUGUAGGUGAGAGUAGUAGUAAAACUAUAGAGGAAAAAGAAUUAAAUAAGAAGUAUGAAACAAGUUAAUGGAAUUAACUUAUGCUAUUAUAUUUACUAGCUAAUGUUUGUUACUAGUUACUUAUAUGUACAUAAUUUUUCAUAUACACUUUAAAAUAUGCAAAAACAACUUAGAAAAACUUUUUUUUUUUCUAUUACUUUAUCUACAAUUUUUUAGUAUUGAUGAAAUUACUCUUUGUAAAGUUUGAUUUAUUAAUAAAAGUAUAAUGCAUUGAAUUUUACUUUUUACAAAAAAUUGUUUGAACAAGUAAAAUUACAUAUGAAUUGUUGUUUUAUGGACAGUUGAAUUAUUUGCCUCAACUAAUAUGUCUUAUACGGUAUAUAACUAUAGGUAUAUACAUCCAAACGUAAAAUGUAAUUUUAAAAAAAUGUAUUCGUAAUGUAUUUUUAUCGCAAGGAGUUUAGAUAUAAAAUAUUUAUAAGGAAUGAAAUUAUAAAUAAAUGUCUACAUAUAUUUUGACGUAUAAUUUUUAGUGUUUUAGUUGUAAUUAAUCAAUUGCUGUUAACGUUCAAGCAACUUUAUUAACUUUCAUUAAAAGAAAGUUAAUUUUCAAAACUAAAACAGGUUUUUACAUUGUUAAAUUUUAUUUUACACUAAAAAAAUCGUAAUAAAAUGAUUAUAAAAAUUAAUUUUUUGUAAUGAAUGCAGGUGUGAAGUUAUGUAUAUGAAAAGUGAAACAUCAAAUAAUAAAAUAAUUCAGUUUUUUUUAUUCACAUUUUAUGAAGU